UUUGAGGGACUCCAGGGAUUUCAACAUUACCGUCCAGCCUAGAUUCCAGUGUGUCCCUAUUUUUCUAAAAACAACAAAAUACUGUGGAAAGAAACAGUGAACUUAUUAGAUGAAGACAAAGCAAACUGGACAAAGUGUUUUCACCCACUUCUGAAGCUUCAAUACAAUAUUAUGAAAAUAUCAUGUCUCCUUCUCAACAUAAUUAACUCCAAAAAUAGUAGAAAAUUCCUUCAUUGUAACUUGGCCAAGUAUAGUGAACAAGGAGAAGUUCUUCACUUGAAUGAUGAGGUGGAGUUUGUUCGAACUGGCUAUGGGAAGGACAUGGUAAAAGUUCUCCACAUUCGACGAGAUGGAAAAUAUCACACCAUUAAAGAGGUGGCAACUUCAGUGCAACUCACACUGGCCUCCAAAAAAGAUUACCUGCAUGGAGAUAAUUCAGAUAUCAUCCCGACAGACACCAUCAAGAACACAGUACAUGUUUUGGCAAAAUUAAAAGGGAUCAAAAGCAUAGAAGUCUUUGCUAUGAAUAUCUGUGAGCAUUUCCUUUCUUCUUUUAACCAUGUCACCCGAGCUCAAGUCUACGUGGAAGAAGUCCCUUGGAAACGUUUUGAAAAGAAUGGGGUUAAACAUGUGCAUGCAUUUAUUCACACUGCCACUGGAACGCACUUCUGUGAGGUUGAGCAGAUGAGGAGUGGAACUCCUGUCAUUCAUUCUGGAAUCAAAGACCUCAAGGUCCUGAAAACAACCCAGUCUGGAUUUGAAGGAUUUAUCAAGGACCAGUUCACCACCCUCCCUGAGGUGAAGGACCGCUGCUUUGCCACCCAAGUGUACUGCAAGUGGCGCUACCAGCGGAGCAGAGACGUGGACUUUGAGACCACCUGGGACACUGUUCGGGAAAUUGUCCUUGCAAAAUUUGCUGGCCCCUAUGACAAAGGCGAGUACUCACCCUCUGUCCAGAAGACCCUCUAUGACAUCCAGGUGCUCUGCCUGAGCCACGUUCCUGAGAUAGAAGAUAUGGAAAUCAGCCUGCCGAAUAUUCACUACUUUAACAUAGACAUGUCCAAAAUGGGACUGAUCAACAAGGAAGAGGUCUUGCUGCCAUUAGACAAUCCGUUUGGCAGGAUUACUGGUACAGUUAAGAGGAAGCUGACUUCAAGGCUGUGACAUCGCCAUCACCAGUAGGAGUUCCCUUUGGGCUGAAGAAUUCCCGAAGCUACUUGUGAGGCUGGAAAUGUAGCAUGCAGAUUAUCAGCCGAGUAUGUUGAUUUAGAGUGCUCAUUUCCCUCCUAGAUGAAAGAAUUCCUCUCUUCUACUCAGCAGUAAUUAUAACAUGCUUUGUGGAUAGUUUACUUCCCAAAUGCUAAGCAAUAUUUGAACAAUCAUAAUCAACAUUUCUUCUUAAUAAUCUUGUGCCUACCUAUCUUAUAGAAGCUUUAGAAUCAACAAAGAAAAUAAUCAUGAAUUAAUGGAGGUGUCUAAUCACAAGUUUCAGAAGCAAGUAUUGUUUUCAAACUGAUGUUAGAACUUUGCUUCUGAAACUUUGCUUCUGAAACUUUGCUUCUGAAAUACAGAAAAUGUAAUGAUAAAAUCAUAUUUUGAAAAAUAUCAUUAGGUUGAAUAUUUGGAUUUUUAAGGAUGCUCUAGCAUAUGUAUCAUUGGGAGUCUAUUUCUUAAUGUAUUGGCUUUGUAAUUUUUACAACAUUUAGAGAAUAUUCAGUGCACAUUGGGGCACUGGAAAAACAUGCAAAUUAUUUUAAUUUGAAUAAUGCAUCACUUGGUACAAAGAGUCACAUUUAAUAAAUGCCAGGUUAAUACAUAGAUGGAUGAAUAUACAUAUAGAAAAAAGACUAGAGGCUAUAUAUGAAAAUAUCAGCAAUGAUGAUUUCUGGGUGGUGGGAUUAUGAGUGAGUUUUAUUUUUUUGCCAUGUGAUUUUCUGAA